AUGUUGAAGUGGGUGGCCCCCGGGGAAGGUGGGGACGACGGUGACAGCGGCAACGACAGCAAGAGUGGCGGCGAGGAGACCAGCGUGUGUGACAAGUGCUGUGCCGAGUUCUUCAAGUGGACGGACUUCCUGCGGCACAAGAAGAGCUGCACGAAAAACCCGCUGGUGCUGAUCGUCAACGAAGAUGAGCCGGCACCAGCCGCGGAAGAGUUUCCAGAACCUUCUCCAGCCAGCUCUCCCAGUGAGCAGACGGAGAGCGAGGCUGCUGAGGAGGCGGCCCCCCCAGAGAGCGGGGAGGGCAGCGAGGUGAGGCCCCCUGAGAAGGAGGAGGAGCCCAUGGACGUGGAGUCCACCGUGGGCGACAAGAGCUUCCAGAGCCCAGGCCCCUCGCUCCCCGGGAAGCCGCCUCUACCUCAGGCCCCCGAGCCGGCGCCCGUGCCCACGUACAGCAUGCCAAGCACCAAUGUGACACUGGAGACCCUGCUGAGCACUAAGGUGGCUGUGGCUCAGUUCUCCCAGAAUGCAAGAGCUGCAGGUGCGGUUGGCUCCAGCAGCGGGGUGACGGCGGUGGCAGUCCCCAUGAUCCUGGAGCAGCUGAUGGCCUUGCAGCAGCAACAGAUCCACCAGCUGCAGCUCAUCGAGCAGAUCCGCAGCCAGGUGGCCAUGAUGAGCCGCCAGCCCCUGAGGCCGUCGCUGAACCCUGGGGCCACAGCGGGGGCCCAGGGCGCCCCUGUUCCCGCCUCCAGCCAGCUCCCAGGGCUGGCCACACACUCCUCCCUGCAGCUGUCCACCGGGGCUGCCCAUGUCCUCACGGCACCAGGCCCUGCUGCCCAGUCCACAGCCUAUGAGGGCGCCCAGCCACUGUCACAGCCAGCAUCUGGGGCGAGCACCCCCCACAUCCCCAGCGGGGGCCCCUCGGUCCCUGAGUCAAGCGGGCCGGCAUCCUCCAGCGUGGCCUCUGCCUGCGCUGCCCCAGCCUCGGUGGCCAGUGCCUCCAGCAGCACCUCGCAGCCACAGAAAGCUCCCACGCCGCCCACCCUGGGGCCCAGCACAUUGCUCAGCUCGGCGCCCAGCCUGCCAAACCCUCUUCUACCUCAGACCUCCGCCAGCAGCGUCAUCUUCCCCAACCCGCUGGUCAGCAUCGCGGCCACGGCCAACGCGCUGGACCCCCUGUCGGCCCUCAUGAAGCAUCGCAAGGGCAAGCCCCCCAACGUGUCGGUGUUCGAGCCCAAGGCCAGCGCCGAGGACCCGUUCUUCAAGCACAAGUGCAGGUUCUGUGCCAAGGUGUUCGGGAGUGACAGCGCUCUGCAGAUCCACCUGCGCUCCCACACGGGCGAGCGGCCCUUCAAGUGCAACAUCUGCGGCAACCGCUUCUCCACCAAGGGCAACCUGAAGGUGCACUUCCAGAGGCACAAGGAGAAGUACCCCCACAUCCAGAUGAACCCCUACCCCGUGCCCGAGUACCUGGACAAUGUGCCCACCUGCUCCGGGAUUCCCUAUGGCAUGUCACUGCCCCCAGAAAAGCCAGUCACCACCUGGCUAGACAGUAAGCCCGUGCUGCCUACGGUGCCCACGUCGGUGGGGCUGCAGCUGCCGCCUACCAUCCCAGGUGUUGGCAGCUACGCCGACUCCCCCAGCCUCACCCCUGCAAGCCGCUCCCCACAGCGGCCCUCGCCUGCGUCCAGCGAAUGCCCCUCUCUGUCCCCCGGCCUCAAUACCUCUGAGUCGGGUGCCCCAGUGACCGCCGAGUCCCCACAGCCUGUGCUCAGUGGGUCCUCUCUGACCAAAACCGAGCCUGUGAGCCUGCCUUGUGCAAAUGCCAGGGUGGGGGACAUCCCUUCCAGCGGGCAGGUCUCGGCCACAUCCACAUCGGCCGCCACCACCCUCACGGACAACAGCAUCUCCACUGGCCUCUGCAGCCCGGUCCUCGUGGCCAGCUCUGACCAGUUCAAGGCCAAGUUUCCCUUCGGAGGGCUGCUCGACUCCAUGCAGACGUCGGAGACGUCCAAGUUGCAGCAGCUGGUGGAGAACAUCGACAAGAAGAUGACCGACCCCAACCAGUGCGUCAUCUGCCAUCGGGUGCUGAGCUGCCAGAGCGCCCUCAAGAUGCACUACCGCACACACACCGGGGAGCGGCCCUUCAAGUGCAAGAUCUGCGGGCGCGCCUUCACCACCAAGGGCAACCUGAAGACACACUUCGGGGUGCACCGGGCGAAGCCGCCGCUGCGCGUGCAGCACUCCUGCCCCAUCUGCCAGAAGAAGUUCACCAACGCCGUGGUCCUGCAGCAGCACAUCCGCAUGCACAUGGGCGGGCAGAUCCCCAACACGCUGCUGCCCGAGGGCCUGCAGGACGCCAUGGACGCCGAGCUUCCCUACGACGACAAGGCUGCCGAGGUCCUGAGCAGCUUCGAGGACGACGUGGAUGAGAACUCCAUGGAGGAGGACGUGGAGCUGAAGGACGCAGCCAGCGACCCGUCCAAGCCGCUGCUGCCCUACUCGGGCUCCUGCCCGCCCUCGCCCCCGUCUGUCAUCUCCAGCAUUGCCGCGCUGGAGAACCAGAUGAAGAUGAUGGACUCUGUCAUGAGCUGCCCGCAGCUGACUGCCUUGAAGGCCAUGGAGAACGGGUCCGGGGACAGCGACCGCCUCAGCAAUGACUCCUCGUCCGCAGUGGGCGACUUGGAGAGCCGCAGUGCGGGCAGCCCGGCCCUGUCCGAAUCGUCGUCCUCCAUGCAGGCCCUGUCCCCAGUCCACAGCCACAGCGAGAGCCUGCCCUCCAAGUCCCCAGGCCUCAGCAACCAUGAGGAGCCACAGGACAUUCCGCUAAAGACGGAAAGGCCGGACAGUCCACCCCCUGCCCCCGAAAAUGGAGGCGCGCUGGACCUGACGUCCGCCCCCCCUGGCCGGCUGGCCAUCAAGGAGGAGGCCCCCUUUAGCCUGCUGUUCCUGAGCAGAGAUCGGGGUAAGUGUGAGCGCACCAUGUGUCGUGUCUGUGGCAAGCCUUUUGCUUGCAGGAGUGCGUUGCAAAUCCACCACCGCAGCCACACUAAGGAGCGCCCAUUCAUCUGCGCGGUCUGCGGGCGCGGGUGCUCCACUAUGGGUAAUUUAAAACAGCACUUACUGACCCACAAAUUGAAAGAGCUGCCUUCUCCGUUAUUUGACCCCAACUUUGCUCUAGGUCCCAGCCAAAGCGCGCCUAGCCUGGUCACCGGCUCCGCGCCUGCCAUGAUCAAAAUGGAGGUGAAUGGGCACAGCAAAGCCAUCACGCUGGGUGAGGGCCCACCACUGCCGGCCGCCGUCCAGGUGCCCACCGGGCCGCAGGCGGUGAUGAGCCCCGGCCUUGCGCCCAUGCUGGCCCCCCCGCCACGCCGGACACCCAAGCAGCACAACUGCCAGUCGUGUGGGAAGACCUUCUCCUCCGCCAGCGCCCUGCAGAUCCACGAGCGCACCCACACCGGGGAGAAGCCGUUUGGCUGCACCAUCUGCGGGAGAGCCUUCACCACCAAGGGCAACCUCAAGGUGCACAUGGGCACACACAUGUGGAACAACGCCCCUGCGAGGCGGGGCCGCCGCCUGUCGGUGGAAAACCCCAUGGCUCUGCUGGGGGGCGAUGCCCUGAAGUUCUCGGAAAUGUUUCAGAAGGACCUGGCAGCGCGUGCCAUGAACGUGGACCCCAGUUUCUGGAAUCAGUAUGCGGCGGCCAUCACCAACGGUCUGGCCAUGAAGAACAACGAGAUUUCCGUCAUCCAGAACGGGGGCAUCCCCCAGCUCCCGGUGAGUCUGGGGGGGAGCGCCAUGCCCCCUGUGGGCUCCCUGGCUGCCGGCAUGGACAAGGCUCGCACGGGCAGCAGCCCACCCAUGGUGGGCCUGGACAAAGCCAGCUCCGACACGGGGGCCAGCCGGCCGUUCACGAGGUUUAUCGAGGACAACAAGGAGAUCGGGAUUAACUAGCCUGUGCCAGGCAGCUCAUCUGCCGUUCUGUCCCUCCUACACACUGUGAUGUGUGACCGUCAGGUACACACCUGCCGUACCCGGGUUCUCCUUAAAAUUGUCCCCAUGGCAGAAAAUUCGUUAGCUGUGUGGCUGCUGGAAGGUCGUCUCGUAAGCGCUGCAUGGUCCUUUCUCAGUGAGCUUGACUGUUCUUGAGAAUUCUUCAACCUUUUAAAUAAACAUAAAUCAAAAGUCCCUGGAAAACCGCCUUGGGAACAGAAAGGGCUCCGAGCACAUCCGCUUCGUUUCUCCUGAAACCUAAUAAUCCCGGGAGGGAACCGGGGGGUCCCCUGCGGUGUUCCAGCGACGCUCAUUCAACAUAGACAUUGAACUCCGUUUUUAGAACUCUUAUCCUAAAGACGUGGUCCCGUCCUCCCAACAUCGUGUCUUAUGACUGUACCUUUGUCUGUAGUAUUUAUAAUGUUACGAUUAUGCGGGUAACAGACAUGCAGCCCCAACUUGAAAGGUAGCUUUCGUACUGCAGAAUACAUCUGGCAGUGUGAUUUUUUUUUUUUUUUUGAAAGCAAGAUUUGUUUUACUAUAAAUAAGUGGGUUAUUUCAAUGCAGGCAACAUUGUGAAGUUCCACUGGGAAAGAUAGCAUGCUUUUUUGUGUGCAAGUACCUGUCAGUAACAAGCCUUUUUUAUUUUUAUUUAAAUGUUUGUAGCUGCUAUGUGGACAGUUGUUCUCUAGUGUGGUCUGUGGCCCAGCGACUGGGAACCAGUUACAGACGAGCGUCACCGUAAAUUAUUCACAACAUUAUAAACCGUUGUGAGUAAAUAUUUCACGUAUCAAAUCUGUACAAUAAAGAGGUAAUGUUUGUAUAAUGUGGUUGCAAACUCUUAAUUUAUACUGUUGCACUUUUAGUAUUUUGUAUUAGGGAGGUUUGUCUAUAAUUUGAAGAUUUAAAAAGAUGUAAAGUAUUUUAUAAAUAGUACUUUGAUUUAAGGAAAAUGGGGGGGAAAAAACUUAUUGUUUCUUGUUUUAAGGUCAGACAACAUGAGAAAUCAAUGCUACUUAAAACAGAAAAGCCACCCGGACCUCUCAGUUCCGCAGUAAUAUAGGGCCUGCCAUUUCUUCAGUUAAAAUGACUUACUUAACUUUUCUACAAAGCGCAUUUAAGAACUUGACCCCCUCUAACGAAACUUUGAUGAAUUCAUCUUAGGAAGGGACAACCGAGGGAGCCAGGAGCUAAGAGGAGGCUGUGUAGGUACAAUCUUACUGUUGUCUCUAUCUCUGUCUUACACACCCACAAGGGAGCCCUGCCUGCCGUGAGCACUGGUCCUCGUGUCCGUAAACUGGGGAGAAAUACCUGUCUGGCAGGAUAAUCAGUCAUAACUGGGAAAUUCGCUCCAUUCCUGGUGGAUUUGUUACCUCCUCAGAUGAAAACAAAGCACAAUGUCAUCCGAUGACUCAGAACACCAGUUUAAGCUGGUGACUUCCUUGCCUGAGUGAGGACCCGCCCUGCAGCCAGCACCACUGUCCCAGAGACGGUCCGGUCCCAGUGCCCUGAAGAAGGAAUCAGUCAGCGACUCAGCUGAAACAGAAAAAUAGGACAAUCUUUCCAACACACCCACAGCAGUGGCAGAUCACAUCGUUGAACAGUGUGGACGAAUCAUAACCAAGCAGACUGCGAAGUUUGUUUCUGUCCGGAAUGAACUCUGAACUCGCUCCGCAGCCCUGUUUUCUGAGGGAUGGGGUCGUGUCCCCACCGCGUGCCGCCGCCCCUCGUGGGAUGGGGGGCAGGGGUUGUCUCAGCAUCGUUGGGAAAAGAAACAGGUGGCUUCCUGUUGCUGUGUUUCAGCAGUUGAAUGUUUUUAUUAUUUAUCUGUGUCCUUUUUUGCCGUGAAUUUUUUGUUGUUAGUAUUUGAUCCCGUGUAGGGUUCUGUCUCCUCCCAAGAGGAUGUGUAUAUAUAACUUCAGAGAAAUGUAAAGUGUGUAAAUAAGACGGCUCGUGACAGGACCGCAAGACUGACCCCUCUGUGUUCAGGGCGAGGCCACCCCUCUCUGCAUGGUGAAGAGAGACACUAUUUUUCUACUGGCGUGCCAUGUGGGGCCAGGGCCUCCCCGAAGCAGCGGGAAUUGUUACCUAGAUCCAAUAUUUUUUAUGAUGAAAUCUGUGGCUCGACACACCUGCUGAUUGAAAUGGAUGUCUUAGUCUAGGUUCCUAUUUUGUCAUAUGGAGUUGAAUAAAAUGCAGGAUGUCCUACUA